AGAAGAUCACGGCUGUGCCCUGUGGUGCUGUCAGCAGUGACAGAUCCCAGAUGGGGCCGCUACUGUAUGGCAGAUUGAGUUUCUCAGCAGAAAACUCACCCUUCCUCCUAAACGUCUUCAAAAACCUUCUCCAGAUACUCCAGGUCUCUUCGUGUGAAACUGAAACAGUCCAACCCCAAAGUCGGUUUUGAGUGCGUAGACGUUAAGGUUCUCCCUCACCCCCCUCUUUUUCUCUGCACUUCCUCCUUCUUUGAGCAUCUUCGACCUGGCUACUAAGAUCGUAGAUAUGGUGGGCCUGGGGGCUCCUGUUCGACCGCCUCAGAGCGCCACGCCGACGACCCAGCAUCGAGGGCCCCCCCAAGGCAAUCCGGGCCAAAACCCAAGAUGAAAUUUAUGGUACUUGUCACUGUUGGGAUAACUUUGCUGCUAGGAGUCCAAGCCAUGCCUUCAAAUCGCUUGUCUUGCUACAGAAAGAUACUAAAAGAUCGCAACUGUCACAACCUUCCAGAAGGAGUGGCUGACCUGACACAGAUGGAUGUAAAUGUCCACGACCAUUUCUGGGAUAGGAAUGGAUGUGAGAUGAUCUGUUACUGCAAUUUCAGUGAAUUGCUCUGUUGCCCAAGAGAUAUCUUCUUUGGACCAAAGAUCUCUUUUGUAAUCCCUUGCAACAAUCACUGAAAAUCUUCAUGUAUUCUGGAGAACACCAUCCCUAAUUUCCUAUCAGUGUGCUGAAUUUCUAGUUUCUAUCCAGUGAAAUAAAGCAUAGAGUCUAUAAAGUCUUAUUUGCCUAGGUCAAGUGAACCUGUGUUAAGCAAGUAGUAAUAAAAGUUAAUUCAAUUUAAUUUUUCUCUGUAGACCUUGUUAAUAAUGUAGACCUUGUCUCUAGAUUUUCCAUUUAUGAGAUGUUCACUAUACUCUGUAAAGAAUUUUGUCCCCCAGAUGGAUGUCAGAAUCCCUACUCAAACAUUGAGGAUACUUUUAGUUGUUGACAGUUUUUUGACCAUGUUUGUUUGUUUAUUUAGGUACCAGGCAUUGAACCCAGGGACGCUUAACCAUUGAGACACAUCCCCAGUCCCUGUUAUUUUAUUAUUUUGAUGCAGGGUCUCAUUUGCUUAGGGCUUCGCUAAAUUGCGGAGGUUGGUUUGAACUUGAGAUCUCCUGCUUCAGCCUUCCAAGUUACGAGGAUUACAGGCAUGCACCACUGUGUCUAUGUGUCUAGUUUCAUAACUAUGAAUAUUUAAUGGAAAAAAAAUGUUACAAAUUGAACUUAUUGGAAGGGAAACUAGUAUUCUAGAAAGAAGGAAAAUAGGAACUAAUAAUUAAAUGUAUAUUAUAUAUGCCACUCACUUUAAAUACAUUUUAAUUUUACUAUUUAAAAAAAACACUGUGAGAUAUUUUUCUUAGCUCCAUUUUUCAGAUACUAUCUCAAAUUUAAGGGAUUAAAUCUUAAAAUCAAGAUAUUAACCUUAAAAUCAAGGCAAAAUAUGAAGAAUUCCAAUUCUGAAGCUCAUAUACUACACCCUCACGCAGUUGGAUCAAAACAUAAUACAUAUCCCUGAAGUAUGGAUUUUUCUUAGAAUAACAAAACAUACAUAAAGAAAGACACAGGUUGAAAAUUUCAGAAUCAUAUAAAGUUUAAAAGUUAAAACAUGUGACUUUAAAUAUAUUUCCUAAUUGUUAGAGGAUAUGGCUUUGAACUAUGCCCCCAUAUUUUGAGAGGUAUUUGUUGACUUAUAAUGAUCAUCUGGGGUAACAUCAGAAAGCCUUUCAUGUUGUAAAAUUCUAUUACAUGCUAUGUGCCAGCCACUAUUAAUAUUUUGGGAUAUCAUAAUGAAUAAGAUGGUCUUGUCCUCUUGGAACUUGUGUUCUAACAAAGCUAUAAAAUCAUUAUAAACAAGUAAUUAUUUAUAAAUGUGAAACCUUUUCUAGAGAAGUAUAGGAUACUGUACAAAGUAUUGUAGGUAGGGGGAACAAAAUAUUGUGGGGAAAAGUUUAAGAAACACCAUGCAGGCAAUCGAGGAGAUAUUUUGUGACUAAAAUUACAUUAUUUCAUUGAAUUACAUUCUUGGAGGUCCUUGAUCUGUUUCUGAAUAUUCCAUUCAAAAUAGUAUCUAGUAUCAAUUCAGUUUAAUAAUCAUUACUGGGCUGGGCUAAACAAUUUUGAGGUAUAAUUCAGUGUCUCUUAAAAUAAAUACAGGCCAGAACAUAUUUUCAAUAUUAUGACCUUCUAUGAAAUUCAUGAAGAGAAACAGAAUUGUACAAAGCAAUCAAAUUACUUGUUUUAUCAAGAUAGUAUAUGAUUUAAUUGGCCUUUCUUCACUGAAUUGACUGGCAAUAAAAAUCAAGAUUGACUCAAGAAAAGGUGUCUUAAAUCCAUUUUCUGGAAUAGUGCAUAGAACAGGUAAACAAACCCAUCAGUAAACUUGUUUCAUUUUCUGUUCUUUCUAAGGGGGGAAAAAGUGCUAACAAUCCAUUAUCUCUUAUAAAUGACAUCAGCAUGAGGGUACAAGUGAGGCAACAGUAGCUUUUUACUGUGCUCUUUUGCAAUCAAAACCUGAUGAGAAAAAACUUUAAAAAAAAAAUCUUUAUUUUUAUUUAUUUGUUUUAUGUGGUGCUGAGGAUGGAACUCAGAGCCUCAUAUGUGCAAGGCAAGCACUCUGCCACUGAGCUACAACCCCAGCCCAAGAAAAAACUUUUUUUUAAGAACUAAAUUUUAUAGAUUACCGAUGAUUCUUCUUCACUGUAUUCUUUCAUUUCUGGAAAUAACUGGAACAUGAAAUUCAAUAAUAUUCUUUUAGAAAUGAGUACAUUAUAGAACUAUAUAUACUUCUCUAUAUUAACAAGUAAGUGUAAAACAUAAAUGUUCACAGAGUUUACCUCAUGUAAUUUUUCCGGACUUGGUCAAUAUGUUUUUAAAGGCAAAUAUUUCCUCAUCAAACUAAUGAACAGAUAUUUUUUCCAAUAGAUUUUAGUUAUAAAAUACAAUUAAGCUUUUAUUAAAAAUUUACUAUUAUGCUAAAUACUGUCUUAAAACAACUGAACUAAUUAAAUACUGUCUUUAUCCCUCUUCUAUGGACAAAAAAUGCCAAGGUUUAAGCUGGGUGUUGUGGUGCACACCUGUAACCCCAGAGGCUCAGACAGCUGAGGCAGGAGGAUUAUGAGUUCAAAUCUAGCCUCAGCAAAGGCAGGGUGCUAAGCAACUCAGUGAGAUUCUGUCUCUGAUAAAUAUAAAAUAGGGCUGAGGAUGUGGCUAAGUGGUUGAGUGCCCCGGAGUUCAAUCCCUGGUACCAAAAAAAAAAAAAAAAAAAAAAAAGCCCAAGGUUUAGAGUAAUUACAUAGCUUAGCUAAUGUUACAUUAUCAAUAAGCAGUAAACCAGAUUGUAAAUAUGGCCAAUCUUAUUCUAGUAUCUUACCACAUUGUUUAAUAGCAUCAUCUAAUUUAUUUCCUUUUUAGAAAAGCAAGACUUUUCUGGAUAGGAAAUACAAUUGUACAUUUCAAAUAGUUCACAUGGGCUAAAUGCUUUCUGAAUAACAAUGUCUUUAUUUUAGCUUUAUAUCUGACUUUCUAUAUCCUUGUUUUUACUAUAAGUCCCAUGUUGCAAGCACCAGAUUGACAGUAAUACCAAAGCUCAUCUUUUCUUGAUAGUAUUAAUUCCUCUUUUCUCAUUAUAAUCUCUCAUAGGGACUCCCUGAAAAAAAAUAUGUAUUACAUAUGGGAUUAGGUACUGAUUGUAUAGGAUUAUUAGAGAACUGGAAGCAACAUAGAAAAACCAAAACAAUGAGCAACAACUGUUGGAGAACAGUAGGAAUAUUCAAAGAUCAUUUUGCAACUUUUAACUUCCUUGUAAUUAUCAAUAGACACACAUAUGUUCUUUCCAUAAUAAAUCACUUUUGAAAAAAAGGAAUAAGAAUGUUUGCUUUUACCAUUGUUCUUCAACAUUGUACUGGUAGUCCUAGCUAGAGCAAUUUGUCAAGAAAAAGAAAUAAAAGGCAUUCAAAUUGAAAAGGAAGAAGUAAAACUACCUUUAUUUGCAUAUUAACAUGAUUCUCUCUGUAGAAAAUCCCAUGGAAUUCACAAAAACCAAACCAAAACAAAAAACUCCUAGAACUAAUAAAUUCAGCAUAGUUCAAUGGUCAACACACACAAAAUCAGUUGUGUUUCUCUAUACCAUUAAAAAAUAAUCCAGAAAAGAAAUUAAGAAAACAAUUCUAUGUAAAAUAGCAUUAACAAGAACAAAAUAUCCAGGAAUAAAUUUAACCAAGGAAAUGAAAGACUUGUAUACUGAAACUAUAAAACACUUAAGAAAUUAAUUAAAGCAGGACUAACUAAAUGGAAAACCAUCCCAUAGAUUAGAGUGCUUAAGAUUGUUAAGAUGGCAAUAUUAAAGCAGUAUACAGAUUCAAUGCAAUCCCAUCAAAAUUCUAAUAACGUUUUCGGUAAAAAAUGGGAAAAUCCAUCUUGAAAUCCAUAUGGAACUGCAAGGGGCCCUGAACAGCUAAAACAACAUUGGAAAGAAAAACAAAGAAAGUAGGAAUUUCACUUCCUGAUUUCAAAACAAGGCUAAUAGACAUGUAGAUCAAUGAAAUAGUAUUGAGAAUACAAAAAUAAACCCCAACAUCUCUAGCCAAUGAUUUUCAACAAGGGUGCCAACAUCAUUCAGUCUCUUAAAAAAAAAAAAAAAAGUGUUGGGAUAAACUGGCUAACCACAUGCAAAAGAAUGAAGUUGGACUCCCUCUACCUCAUUACCUAUAUGAAAAUUGACAGUACACUGAUUCAACAAUCUAAAGUUAGCAGCUAAAACUAUAGAACUCCUAGAAGAAAACAUGGGCAUUAAUCUUCGUGAUGUUGGAUUUGGCAGUGGAUUCUCAGAUUUUAUAGCAGAAGUACAGCAACAGAAGAAGUGCUACUUAAAUUGGACUACAUAAACAUUUAAUAAAACUUCUGUGCAUCAAAGAAAAUUAUCAAAUGUGAAAAAGGAAUUUACUGAGUGGAAGAAAAUAUUUACAAAUCAUGUAUCUGAUAAGGGUUUAAUAAAGAAGUCCUUUAGAAUAAAGAACUCAUACAAUACAUGAAAGAGGCAACCGAAUUAAAAAGUGAAUAAAGGACUUGAAUAAACAUUUUUUUCUAGGAAGAUAUACAAGUGGCAGCAA